CCGUCGAAGAAGUGAUGUUUAGUGUCAAAAACUGCAGGACAAAUACACAAAUAAGAACAACUAAUGAAGCUUCUAAAGGUUUUAAAAUACUUUUCUACUUUUACGUCUCCAGAAGAUAAUCAACAAUAAUCAAAUCGCUGUAAGUGCACGAGACGGGAAGUCCGGCCAUAUACAGUAACGUUACAUCUUCAUUCACAUGGCAUCAUUCAACACAGAAGACUUAAUAGCUUUACAAACAAUGAGUCCAGACAUCCACAUCUGCGGUUUAUGCAAACAGCAGUACAACAACGUUGAACUUUUCUUCGCCCACAAGCAAACCAACUGUCAGAUCACUUCAACUUAUAUAUCAGGCCAAAAUGCACUUUCUAAUGAGUCAAAAGUUAAAAAGAACCUCCACCAGAAAACUUCCUCCAAAAAGCUGAAACCCGCACUAACUCAAAAAAGACACAUAUGUACCUUCUCAGGCUGUACAUUCAAAACCCAGUAUGGCCAAAAAGACAUGGAGAGGCAUAUAUUAACACACACGGGUGAAAGACCGUUUGAGUGUGAACUCUGUCACAAACGUUUCAGUCGGCGAGAUAAACUCAAUCUUCACAGCCGUCUGCACACCGGAGAGAAGCCGCACAAGUGUAAACACUGCCCUUACGCCGCGGCCGACAGCAGCAGUCUGAAGAAGCAUCUCCGUAUCCAUGUCGAUGAAAGGCCCUUUCACUGUCAGAUAUGCCCGUACGCCAGCCGAAACUCCAGCCAGCUCACCGUUCACCUGCGCUCUCACACAGGUGACGCCCCGUUCCAGUGUAAUCAAUGCAAUGCCAAAUUCAAGAUCAACUCUGACCUGAAGCGCCACAGUCGAGUGCACUCCGGCGAGAAACCUUAUAAGUGUGAUCUCUGUGAGUAUCGCUGCGCCAUGAAAGCCAACUUAAAAUCGCACGUUCAUCUUAAGCAUAGCGCCGGCGACGCGUUUCGUUGCUCUGAAUGUGACUUUCAAUGUCCCACCAAAGCCGCCCUGCGACACCAUUCACGCCAGCACCAACCUGCCCAGCCUCUGCAGUGCAGCGAGUGCAGUUACUCAUGCUCCAGCAAGGGAGCGCUCAAGAUACACGAGCGGGUGCACUCGGACGAGCGGCCCUUUAAAUGCGACCACUGUCCGUUUGCCAGUAAGCAGCGUAGUAAUUUGUUAAUUCACAGACGGAAGUGUCACGCGGAUAGUCCGGAAAGACGGAGUAAGACGGGGAGAGGGAGUGGGGCUGGGGAGGAGCCUCCCAAAUCUCUCAGCUCACGUUACCGAGCAAGAUUGGAGGCGUCACGAGCGUUUCGUUGCGACUUGUGUGAGGCUUCGUUCGUACGGGAGGAUUCGCUUCGUAGCCACAAGAGGCAGCAUAACAAAAGCGCAGUGGCACAAUCGCAAACCACAUCUGUUACCAAACAGGAUGCAAACCGAGCCCAAGUCACACCUGCAUACACCGGAACGCAUUUAAAGAUCAUCGCUAAGACCGGAGACGUUCUGCUCGGUCCCCAUGAGCACAACGUCCUUUUAAACGGCCUCCUUACACCCGUACAUCACAUUUCUGCAUCAACACCAGAGGGCGCCCUUGAGCACCGGACGGUGCUGCUUACUCAGAUCGGCAGCAGUGAGGUAAGCACAUUUGAGACGGGUGAUGCUGCUCCCCCUAAUCAAAACUACAUCGCCUCCUGCUCCGCCUCGUCUUCAGACGGCACCCAUGCUUUCAUCACUUCCUGUUCGGACCUGGAAAGCCUCCACACGCUUAUCCAGCAGGGCGGCACUGAAGUUACAGUGGUGACAGAGGCAAGUCCCUCGACCGCCAACGCAAAACCUCUGAACAUUGAUGGAUCUCAGGAUGUUUUGAAGCAAGUCAUAUCAGAAGAUAAUUUAAAUAUGGGUCCAGCGGGGACCAUUCUCUUUCAAAGUAUUCCUCUGUCUACUAACAUAUACCAUCUGUCUCCUCACCAAAUAUUUUCAGACACCAAUACAGUGGACAUCAGUGAGGAGUUAUAGUGCAAAGUAUUAACAAACUUUUGUACAGUUUAGUUUUUGUUGAAGGGGUCAGAGAUGUAUGUGUGUUUUCAUUUCUUUGUACCUCACUGCUACCCUCACAUUUUAUUGGAAUUACAGUAUUCCUGGAAACAAAAAUUGACUCUUUUUAUUGCCUUCUGUUCACCUACUAGUAUAAACUUAGGAUGGCAUUAAAGGGAUACUCCAGCCAAAUAUUAACCCAUGAUUUAUUCACCCUCAAGCAAUCUGAGAUACACAUGUUCAACAUCUUUCUGAUGAACACUUUUGAAGUUAUUUUAGUUAAUGUCCUUGCUCUUCCAAGCUUAUAAUGGUAAAAACAGGGAUCAGGGAAUAACAACUUACCUUAAACCCCAAAAUAAUGCAUCAGAAGUAAUCUUCACAGAAGUAAACCACACGGCUCCAAGAGGUUAACUCUUUCAACUCCAUUGACAAGUUAACACUCUUCAAAACGAUUCCUUGCCAAUGACGAGUAUUUCCGGCUUUCCGCAAUAUCGCGAUUAUUCACCAGGUGGCGAUCUUCCACAACUUAUGCAGCCCGAAAGUAACGCCUCACUUAAAAGAGUAAGAACUGUGUAUGUUUUGAGGAUCGCGCUGAAUCUGAUCUCUAUUAAAAGUCCUUCAGAAAAAUUUUAUUAUCUCAGUUUUUGCUCAAAAUUUGUUGUUUUUGAAGAAAACUACCCAUAUUUGAGAGGUGAUAA